ACUAAUUCAUUUUUUAGUUCAUUCAUUCCAUGUGUUUUUUAUUGCUAUCGCACAAUUCACAUUCGUCUUCGUUAAUCAUUUCAUUUCAAGCGGUUGAGUUACUAAGCCGGGUAUUCUUUUUCUUAUAAAUUUGUGUGUUUGCAAAAGUUUGUGAUUACGUUCUGCACAAUGUCUAAACUUAACUAUAAAGUCGCCGAUAUUUCAUUAGCCGAAUGGGGCCGUAAAGAAAUAAUCCUAGCAGAAAAUGAAAUGCCCGGAUUGAUGGCUUGCCGCAAGAAGUACGGCCCAUUGAAAAUCCUUAAAGGUGCUCGCAUCGCUGGCUGCUUACACAUGACCAUUCAAACUGCCGUUCUCAUCGAAACGUUGGUUGAAUUGGGAGCUGAGGUACAAUGGUCGUCAUGUAAUAUAUUCAGCACACAGGAUCAUGCUGCUGCUGCUAUUGCUGUCACAGGAGUUCCUGUUUACGCAUGGAAAGGAGAGACCGACGAAGAGUACUUAUGGUGUAUCGAUCAGACCCUAGUAUUCAAAGACAACAAGCCACUGAACAUGAUUCUGGAUGAUGGUGGUGACUUAACGAAUUUGGUGCACGAAAAGUAUCCCCAAUUUCUUAAGGACAUCAAAGGUAUCAGUGAAGAGACUACCACCGGCGUGCACAAUUUGUACAAAAUGAUGAAGGAGAAUAAGUUGGGUGUACCAGCGAUCAAUGUAAACGAUUCGGUGACGAAAAGUAAAUUCGACAAUUUGUACGGUUGCCGUGAAUCGUUGAUCGAUGGCAUCAAGCGGGCUACCGAUGUUAUGAUUGCUGGUAAAGUGUGUUGCGUUGCUGGUUACGGUGAUGUUGGCAAAGGAUGCGCCCAAUCGUUACGUGCGUUCGGUGGGCGUGUAUUGGUGACUGAAAUUGAUCCGAUCAAUGCGCUACAAGCUGCUAUGGAAGGUUACGAAGUAACAACCAUGGAGGAGGCCAGCAAAGAAGCAACCAUUUUCGUUACGACCACCGGUUGCGAAGAUAUCAUUACCGGCGAACAUUUCCUCAAUAUGAAGGACGAUUCGAUCGUUUGUAACAUUGGCCACUUUGAUUGUGAGAUUAAAGUCACUUGGUUGGACCAAAAUGCUGCGGAGAAAACGAAUAUCAAGCCGCAAGUGGACCGUUACCGUUUGAAGAACGGAAAUCACAUCAUUUUGCUGGCUGAGGGACGAUUGGUCAAUUUGGGUUGCGCGAUGGGACACCCCAGUUUCGUCAUGUCGAAUUCGUUCACCAAUCAAGUGCUGGCUCAAAUCGAAUUGUGGACGAAACCCGAACAAUAUGCCAUUGGCGUGUACAUGUUGCCGAAAAAAUUGGACGAAGAGGUGGCUGCUUUGCAUUUGGAUAAAUUGGGUGUCAAAUUGACGAAAUUGACCGAAAAACAGUCGAAGUAUAUAAAUACGCCGAUCGAUGGACCGUACAAGCCAGACCACUACAGAUAUUAAGAUGGCUAUUGUCGCCAAUUUAUUUUUUUUAAAUUUCUAUUUUGUGAACAUCCGAUUUCAGAAAAUAAAAGUUUUUCAUUUUGUAAACACCAAAAAAAA